GCAAAACAGUCCCAGGGCUUCUUUCGCAACGCACCGGCGAGUAUCCAUCUUUCCCCUUCGCUCGAUAAACUUCGGCGUCGCCACCUCCGGGCCGGAAUCUUCGCCGCCGGCAAUCGUCUCCGUCCAUUUCCCUCCUCCAGUAGCUUUGCUAAAGAUGGAACUCCAGCUGACGAGACCUGAUGACUGGCAUCUUCACCUCCGUGAUGGCCAGCUUCUCCAAUCUGUAGUUCAUCACAGUGCUAAGCAUUUUGGAAGGGCAAUAGUAAUGCCCAAUCUCAAGCCACCAGUGACCACCACGGCCACGGCAGUAGCUUAUCGGGAAUCCAUUUUAAAAGCAUUGCCGGCCGGUAGUGCUUUCAAUCCUUUGAUGACACUUUACUUGACUGAUAACACUAGUCCUGAGGAGAUCAAGCUUGCUAGACAAAGUGGAGUGGUUUAUGGUGUCAAGUUGUAUCCUGCUGGUGCAACCACAAAUUCUCAAGAUGGUGUUACUGAUAUUUUCGGGAGGUGUUUGCCAGUGCUUGAGGAGAUGAUCGAACAUAAUAUGCCAUUGUUGGUGCAUGGGGAAGUGACAGAUCCAGUUGUUGACACAUUUGAUAGAGAAAAAGUCUUCAUUGAAACAGUUUUAGGGCCAUUGGUUGAAAGGCUUCCGAAUCUCAGAGUUGUAAUGGAGCAUAUUACUACUUCAGAUGCUGUGAGAUUUGUUGAAUCAUGCAGAGAAGGCUUUGUUGCAGCAACAGUAACACCACAACAUCUUCUCCUCAAUAGGAACGCUUUAUUCCAAGGUGGUUUGCGACCUCAUAAUUACUGCCUACCGGUACUAAAGAGAGAAACCCACAGACAAGCUAUUGUAUCAGCUGUUACGAGUGGAAGCAAGCGGUUCUUUCUUGGGACUGAUAGCGCACCCCAUGAGAGACAAAAGAAAGAAUGCUCAUGUGGAUGUGCAGGCAUCUAUAGCGCCCCUGUUGCAUUAUCACUUUAUGCAAAAGUAUUUGAAGAGGCUGGUGCACUCGAUAAACUGGAGGCAUUUUCAAGUUUCAACGGGCCAGAUUUUUACGGUCUUCCGAGAAACUCAUCAAAGAUAAUCCUAAGAAAGAAUCCAUGGAGAGUACCAGACUCAUAUUCAUUUGCAUCCGGAGAAAUAAUUCCCAUGUUUGCAGGUGAAACACUUGACUGGCUUCCCUUCAACAAUUGAACAACAAUGAAGCAUGGAAGGAGAUAAUAAUAACCCCUUUUAAAUUAUUGUUAUUCAAUCAAAUAAACCUUUGUAGCUUUGCCCAAUUUUCCACUCUUGUAUCACACCAAAUUCUCGGUGGUGAUCAAAUGUUCCAUUAAAUAACAUAUUGAACCAGGAAUGCUGAUGAA